AUGGCCACACGAGAUGCACUCAAGUUUGCCACCUCGCAGAGCGAUCAGAUAGAUCCAUAUCUUCCUUCGCCGUCUCCCCAUCUCUCCAAACCAUUCGUCACUCUCACGUUUGCCACGUCUCUUGACAGCCAAUUAUCUCUCGCUCCCGGCGUGCAGACAGCUCUCUCGGGUCCGGAAUCCAAGGCCAUGACACACUACCUCCGCUCCAAGCACGAUGCGAUCUUAAUUGGUGUCGGGACUGCAGUGGCCGACAACCCAUCCUUGAAUUGUCGAAUAGAGGGUGUUGGCGGAUAUGGAGGUCCAGGACUAGUGGCCCAGCCGAGACCUGUGGUUGUGGAUCCAAAAGGACGCUGGGACUUUGAUGCCGAGAGUAAAGUGAUGAAAUUGGCAAAGGAAGGCAAAGGAAAAGCACCAUGGUUGGUCACUGGGGCGUCAAUCAGCCAAGAGAAGCGGGAUCUUUUGGAGAGGGCAGGGGGCAAAGUUCUCGAGUUUCUCUCCUCAUCGAAUCAGCCGUCUUUAUUGACUUCAUCCAUUUCUUGGUCAGCGAUGCUGGACGUCCUCGCUGAUCAAGGGGUCAAGAGCGUCAUGAUCGAAGGCGGGGGCGUGGUUAUCAACGACUUGCUUUCUUCGGCGAAUUUCAAGCUCAUCGACUCAGUUGUUGUCACACUCGCGCCGACUUGGCUGGGUAAAGGCGGGGUGCAAGUCUGUCCAAACGAGCGCAUAGAAGAUGGAAGGCGCCUCCCCGUUGGUAGGCUGAAAGAUGUCAAGUGGAUACCGUUGGGGGAGGAUGUGGUUCUUUGUGGACACCCGAAUAUGGAACCAUAA